UUAGUCAUUGUCGAGCAGGGUCUGGACUUGCCAUGAUAAAUAGAUGCAUCUGCUAUUGAUAUAUUUGGACUGUGUAUCCAUGGCGAUAAGGUCUUUGCGUCCAGAGAGCUCUUCGAUCGGUUGACAAUCCUGUUGUCAAGAGAACAUGACGCACUCGCCUUAGUUUCAGUCAAGUGCGCUUGCGCAAUCGAAAUCUGGUGUCAAGGCGCUGAAUAAUGUCAACACAAAUUCGUAAGCUUUAUUUCUGAUAUAAGUUGAAUAUUUCAUGAGGAAGAGACAGGCGAUAACAUGCCUACUGAUAAGAAAAUAACAAAGGAAGAUACAUGGAAAUCAGAUGACCUUAGGAGGCACAUAAGGGGUGGAGGACACGAUGAAGACUCUAGCAGCAGCAGGAGGAGAGAUGAUGAGAGAAGACACAGGACGGGGGAGUCAGUCGAGCGACGCCACAGAGACCCAGAGAGGGAGGCCAGAAGGGAGAGAGAGAAGAACAGAGAGAGAGAUGGGACCGGAGAGAGAACAAAACCCAGAGAUGCAGACAAGGACAGGCAUCAAGACAGAAGGAAAGACGGCUCGAGAGACAGGAUGGGCGAAAAGGAGGAGAGAGACAAAGAAAGGAGCAGAGCGCAAGAUAGGGUUAUUAAAGGCACAGAGAAUGUUAAGUACAGGAAUGGGGACAGAGACAGUCGGGACAAAAUGCAUGAUAGAGAAGAAAAAGAAAACAGGGAUAGGGAGAGGGUAAAGGCCAGAGAAAGGGAUACGGAGAGGACAAGGGAGAGGGAAAGAGAUGCGCUGAGGAAGAGCGACAGGGAUAAAGAGAAGGAGAAAAACAAGGAGAGUGAAACAGGGGAAAGGGACAGGGAGCGAAAGUCUGACAGAGAUAGAAAGAGAAAUGAGGAGAGGGCGGAGGGAGGGAGAGACAGGGAUAGAGAGCAUGAUCGUGAGAAGAGAGAUAGACGUAAGGAGAGGGAGUAUCUGAAAGAGAGUGAAGGCUACAAGGACAGAUCGCAGAAAGACAAGGAAAGAAAAGAAAGACACAUGGACAAAGAGCAUUCAGGACAAAAGGAAGAAAGAGAAUACAGGGAGCAACAUAGAAAAGAAAAGGAGGAGAAAGAAAGGAGACACAAAGAGAGAGCACAACACAAUACAGGUGAAAGUCGGAGACAUGAUGGUGAAUCCAGAGAAGUGGAGAGUGAGCGAGUGCACAGGGAACGAAAGGGAUCGGACAGAGAGAGGGAGGGAAAGAGGGAUAAACAUAGAGAGAGGAGGCACAGAGAAGAAGCAAUUCCUGAGAGGGAUCCCACAGAACGGAACAGCGCCAAGAAAUCAUCAUCAUCCUCAGACCUCAGAGUUCACAAGGAUAAGACAGAGCCUGUUAAAACUAAGGAAGUAGUGAUGCGAUCUGAGUCAGCGUGGAGGUCUAGUCAGAAACAAUUAAGUGACACAGAGGAGCCCGUGGAAAUCGCGGAGGCCCCAGCUGAGGACCGUGGCUAUGAUGAAGCUCAGGACUAUGAAGAGGACUUUGAGAAAAUGGAUUAUGAGGAGGAUUUUGAGGAUGUGGAUGACAGCGAGGGAGAGGAUGAAAAGCAGACACGCAGCCAUGAAGAGAGAGAAGCGAGGGAGGAAAUUAGUUCACAGAGGAGGGAGGAGAUCGAGGCCAUUCAGAGAGCCAUGGAUGAGGAGAACGAGAGAGUGGGCUCUGCCCAGCCCAGGCUAAGCACAGAGGAGGACGACAGACCCAAAAGGUCAAGAGAUUCUGAAACGCCUCAAAGUAAAGUUUCACAGCACGGGAGGUUCAUGGACUUUGUCGCUGCGAAGCAUCGUGAGGUCAGCAAAAAGGUUGCCAGCAAACAGAAGAAACGCAGUACAGAGCUGCUUCGCCUGAUCGACCUGGACUACUCCAUCACCUUCUCCCUCCUGGAUCUGCCCCCUGUCAAUGAAUAUGACAUGUACAUCAAAAACUUUGGAACAACAAACACAAAACAGGCUUACGUCCAGUGCAACGAGGACAAUACUGAUCGCGACAUUCAAACGGAGGAGAUCGAGAUGAGCGAGAAGUGGACACAGCAUCCUGCGGAGAGGAACGUAGGCUGUGGAGGUCCUAAACUUUCCCACGAGGCGUCUGAUGAAUCUGUGACCAAACUGAGCAUCGAUUCACAGCGCCUAGCAACAUUUCUGCGCUCAGCUUCACAGGUGGUUGCGGUACUGUUGGAAGAGGAUAGGGCUGAGAAGCAAUCACUGAAGAAGCUGAGAACUCAAGCAGACACUCUCUCUUUCAGCGACGGGUGUUUACAGCUCAAUACCAAGCUUCCAUUUCUAUAUGGUCGUCAGAUCAGCCUGGUUCAAUUCUCCCAGGUGCAGAGGCAGACCAUGCUCUCUGUGCACAACCCCUCAGCCAAGCCCAGCGCUGUGCGGCUCGACAGCAAGACCAUCAUCUGUAUCUGGAACAUCUGGGAGCCCUCCCGCCCACAGAAGAUUCUUGUCUACGAGUCCGAGGUGCAAUGCUGCUGCUUCAGCCCCGGUAAAGCCACGCUGGUGUUUGCGGGCACGUCCGUGGGUUCUGUAGUCUUGUGGGACUUGAGGGAGCACGCCAGUGCCCAUUACACUUUAAGAAUAGGGGAGAACGACUGGACUCUCCGCCACCCAACCUUCUCCACAGAUGCCGUGCUGGCAGCGUCGGGCCACAUGUCCUCAGUGAGCUCUGUGGAGGCCGUCCUUGCCACCGUGGCUGAGGGCCUGAGGCCAGAGCUUCCCCUUUUGGCUUCUGACGAAGAGUCAUCAGGAUUGUCAUUCCAGUUGGCUUCUCUUGAUGGAAAUGGGGUUCUGAAUCUAUGGGUGGUACUGGAGCUCCCUAAAGCCAACGACGCCGGCUCGCACACAGACCUGGGGCUCCGGCCUGGGGGCAAAGUAAAACUGCUCCACAGCUCCACAGUCAUCACCACCAGCGAGAGGUCUUCGGCGCGAGACGCUAAGAAAACAACACUGUUACAGACACUGCUGUUAAAAUUUCUGCCUUCUGAUUCCAACCAUUUUUUCAUUGGCACAAAUAUGGGUCUUGUGAACCAUGGGACCAGUCACGGGUUAAAGGCUCCUCCAAAGUUCUACAGGCCUCAGGUGGUUGGAUUCAGACCCGUUGAUGUCACCUCCAUCGACUUUUCUCCCUUCGGAGAACCCAUAUUCCUGGUGGGCUGUGGGGAUGGCAGUGUCAGACUACACACAGUGCUGAGUGAGCAGCCUCUGAUGGAGUGGACCAGCAGUACAGCAGGGCAGCCGGUGUUGUCAGUACAGUGGGCCCAGACCAGGCCAACAGUCUUCUGUGUUCUGGAUGCUGCCUCCUACCUUCACAUAUGGGACCUGCUGGAGAAAGACUUUGAGCCUGUGAUCACCGAAAAAAUUGAUGCUGACAGGGUAACAGCCAUGGCUGUUUUUGGUGACCCUGCAAAGCAGAACACCUAUUCAGGAAUAUCACUGGCAACACAGUCGGGGAAGAUAGAAAUGCAGUAUUUCAGCAAGAGAUUGACAGUGCCUGAAUCUGCUGACCUGGAGAAACUACAGAUCAUGAUGCAGGAGGCCUUUUGAAGUUAUAUGUCAGGAGUGUAUUCAUUUGUUGUUGUUUUUCUAACUGAAACUUUUUGCAAUAAGUCAUAGGGAGUCAUAACAUAUCACUAGUGUUUCUUAUUGGACAAAUUCAGUUAGUCCCUCCCCGUUUGCUUCCGUUUGGUUCCUAGUGGAUACAACCCAGGGGGCUCACUGUGUUGGAUCAAAUUUGUUCAUACAGUGGUAAUCCCAGUCAUCUCUAGAUCAGUAAAGAGAUCAACUUCAGAAUGUAAGCAGAUAUAAAUGGACUAUCUAUUUCUAUUACAUUCCACAUUCAGUUAUUUUAUGUAUGUGUUAUUCUAAAUACAGUAGAUUCCAUAGUGGCAUGAUAUUGAAAUACAGUAUUGGAAUAAAAAUAGCUUUGUUUGUGCUUAUUUACAAAUGAACAACUUUUGCAUUUGCAUACCGACAAUGUCUGUUCUGUGUGUUUUAUAGAAAAGAAAAAAAUGGACUUGGUGUUUUCUUCCCAUCCAAAUUACUCAUACCAAACAUUAUACCAAACAUUCAGGGCUAAGCAACAUGAUGAAUGUAUAGAUGCUACUUUUCAUUUUAUUGAUGUGAUGUUAAUACAAUAACAGUAUUUUCUCUAUGAGAGAACUAUCAUUUUUCAAGAUUUUUGUUACUUCAUUAAAUAAAGUAUUUCAUGUA